GCAGAGAUAAAGUGCACUUUGAGGACCUUCUCCUCGAACAGGGGGCAUGGCGGGGGUGGAAUGAGAGGAAAAGGCCGACCGCAGAAAGGGCAGGGCUGCUGCCCUUAUGAAACCGCUCCCUAGCGGAGGCCUCAGGGCCUCCAUUUUUUUUCCCCUGCCACCAAAACGAAAAAGAACCCGCAUAGGGGCCAAGGCCUCGUCUAAGGGGAGCUGCGCUCAGCCAGGGGAAAAAGGCAGUCUGAGAUAGGUCACAGGAGAAACGAGGGCGCCGGGGAGAACAAAGCGGGUUUGCCCUUCGUAACGGAAGCCACGGAGGCCCGGAUCGGGGCUCGCGGCGCCCGGAGCCUCGGGGCCUCACUUCACCCCGCGUGGGCCCAGUCCUUGGUGUGGGCGGGGGACAGGCCGCUGGAGGCCGAGCUAGGAGUGGUCCUGGAAUAAGCCUUUAUUGUGCGUUUCAGGAUCCUCAGACUCCGUUAUAAAAUAUUUAAGCCCAGCCCGAGAUGAGUCUGGAGUCCCUGUUUCAUCACAUCAUCCUCUCCGAGCACCUGUCGGAGGAGAAUCGCCGCUUGAUGCGACGAGUCAGGUCGGAAAUAAACAGAUGUCGUGAAAACAUUAAGAAAGCAGCAGAGGAGCUGAAUGAAGAGAAAAUCAAGUUGGAAUCGAAGAUUCAGCAGUUUUCUGAAAAAGCCUUCCUCUUACAGCUUUUGAAAACUCAUGAAAAUGCCUUAGAAAGACAGUGCAGUGAAAUUACAAGCCAAAGGAAUAUGCUUCUUCAAACGUUUGAAGCUACAAAGAGAAAAGUGACAGAGGAGGAAGAAAAAUUUAUUAAGGAAAUUACAGACUUCAAUAAUGAGUAUGAAAUAACAAAGAAACGAGAGCUUUUGAUGAAAGAAAAUGUCAAGAUUCAAAUAUCUGACUUAGAAAACGAGGCAAACAUUCUGAAAAUGGAAAUGAAGUCAGCGGAACAUGAUAGUGGCCAGUUAAAUGAACUUCAAAAACAAAAGAGUGAAUUGAUACAAGAAUUAUUUACUUUGCAGAGAGAGCUUAAAGGUUUUGAAGAUAAAAAAAAGGAAGCCGUUUGUACUACCAAGUACCUAGAGGCAGAAAAAAUAAAAAUCAGUGAAAAGCCUCAAAAUGCUGCUGAAUGCUUAAGACUUAAAAAAGAAUUAGAACUUUAUAAGGAAGAUGACAUGCAAAGUGUUUAUGAUGCUCUCCAGACAGAAAUAGAAUUUUUGCAGUUGACACUGGCACAGAAAGAUCUUCAGGAAACUAAAAACUUGUAGAGAAGUGAUCAGCUAUCUAAGAUUUGAUCAAGCAUCUUAGUAUCAAAUCUUUGUGGUAGAUACAUGAAUGAUACCCAUUUCUUGCGGAAAACGUGAGGUUUAAAAUGUUCAAAGUUGUUGAUAUCUAGAAUUGAUAUAUUAGCACUUAAAAAAAGUAAGUUUUUGGUCUUGUUACCUGCUGAAACUUAAGGGUUUUUAUGUGGUUUGAUUUUAUUUCUAAAGGAAGAAAAAAGGAGAAACAGAUAUUGUGUUCUCAGGCUCGUUAUUCCCCCCCGACCCUUAAGCUGAUCUAUACUUUCUGAUGUUGUUCAUUCUUUGUUGCAGUCUACCUCAGAUCCAAUCAAGUGUAGGAAGAAAAGCUCAGAUUAUUGACCCAAUUUCGUCAGUGCCAUUUGCACCAACAAAGAUGCUUACUUUCAUUUUAAUCCUUCUGUAAUCAUAAGAUGUCUUUUGACAGAGGCCUUCUGAGGCCUUUCAUCUACAGAAGCCAGUUUUCUCCACUUUUCUCUAAAUGUGUCUACAGAUUUAAGUCUGGGACACCUGCAGCCACUUUCCAGCACUUUGUGCCUGCCAGUUUUCUUCCUAAUGCCAGUGUUGGUUAGAAUGAAAUAAGUCAUCCACUCGGGGAGGUACAUAGUCUCCUUAUGGCCAUCAGGAUUCAUUUUUGCUGGUGGCCUAAAAUAUUGCAGCUGAAAACAGUGUACUUAUGUUUGGAUCGAUCAUGAUAUUGCCACCAAAUUUCCAACAUCACAUGUCUUUCUGCUGUUAGCAGUCCUAACUAGGAAGAAAGGUGUAUUUUCACCUGUUUCUUAAAAAAGUAUAUUGAAACUAUUCAACAAGGCCCUAAAUUGUGGUAGGCGGGGGAGGGGAACAAAAGCUACUUUAAGGAUAUAACUUAAAGUUCUGAGUGCAAAUGUUUUCUUUUAUGAUUCUAGUUGAAUUAGUUUAAUAUCAAAUAUGAGAUGUUUACAAAUGUCUUAGAUCUAUUAAUGUUAAGGUAGUCUUGUUUCAAAUCAAGUCUUAU